UUGAGUUCCCCGCCUUUUAAGUAGCAUAGGAAGUCUGUCAGGACGUUCUUCGAAACAAUAUCACGAACGUUCUAAUUAUAUUUCCCCAUUAGAAUUAAAAAGAAUCACUUAGUGGUGAAUAUGUAGUUAACCAACGACUACUAAACUUGUAAUCCGCACAGUUCCAGCCAUGCUGCUGCCGUCGGAUGUUGCUCGGCUUGUUUUGGGGUAUCUCCAAGAAGAGGGUCUCUCUGCAACAAGCCAGACUUUUAUUCAAGAGAGUCCUAACCUAAAGGAAUAUGCAGAUCACACCACAGGAGAUGGAACUAUUCCUGCUUGUUCCACGUAUGUGUAUUCCCUCUUUGGAAAAGGCCUGACGACCAUCUUAAAUGAGUAUGUGGCUGCAAAAACAAGAGAGUCUCAAUAUGAAAUACCUGUGAUGAUGAAUUCACUGUGGAAAAAGCUGGACUUCACACUCAAUCAAAUCAAAUCGAUGCAGAAUUCACCGGCAAUAUCAGCAUUUCAGAGAACACGUACCAGAGUUGGGUUAGCAAACAUAGCCAGACAGCGGGCUCUGACUGUAGCGUCAACGGGCGGCGGCGUCUGCUCCACUGUCUCUGAAACGAGCUCCAUCAUCAGCCCUGCCCAUGUGUCCAGCAGCCUGAUCAGCCACUCCACACCAGUGAGCUACACUGCUCCACUCACCAGGCUAAACUCUGGCAGUGAAACACAGCUGCAGAUCCAAGAUGGUGGUCGAUUACUAAAUACACCAAAAGAUUCAUCUGUUCAUAUUGUGGUGUCAGAGCAACGGCUAAAUCCAGGUCCAAUGUCUCCGGGUCGAAGAAAAUGGGACACACCCAGGAAAAGAAGUGCUGCUGUUGGUGGGUCUGUUUGUCCUGGCAGAACAGGACCAACAGCUAACAGCACCAACACAGAACAACCACAACCUGAAGAGGUCAUUGAUGGGAAUUUCCCUCAACUUGUGAUACAAAAUGCCCGAGACAAGAUACUGGGUGACAGGACGUUACAGGAAAAACUGGCUGAAAACAUAAACAAAAUCCUUGCCAAUGAACCAGUGCCCAUCCCAUCAAAAACUCCUUCUGCUACUGUGGAACCAGACCAGUCCAUAGAUGAAAUCCUGGGGCUACAGGGGGAGAUACAUAUGAGUGACGAUGCCAUUCAUGACAUUUUGGAGCAGACUGAGUCCGACCCAGCGUUCCAGGCUCUCUUUGACCUCUUUGAUUGCAAUAAAUCCAGAGUUACUGAUGGAGGACCAGAGGAUGGUGAUAUCAGCAGCAGUCCAGAAGAGAGUGAUGCAGCAGGUCCUUCAUCCACUGUUGAGCUUCUUAAAAGUAAUGACCAAGCCAUGACACCAACAGAUUCUUCUGUUCGGGACGCCACAGCGACCGCAGCGAAAACAAAAGUUGGACAUGAUUGUAGGGUUGUAAGGAAGAACGCUGCCACCACUUUGUUAAAGAAAACGUUUCUUUCAUCGAGCAGCAGAGGGUCCAGGGUAGAAAGCUGCUCGCCCCGACUCUUGGUGACUCCAGGCGUCUCAUCUGCCACGGGGAACUCGUCCAAAAAACGAAGGCCUACGUCCCUAAAUAGCAGUGCCAUCCUAACACCAAUGGACAUUGACCAACCGUUGAACACGCCUCCCCCUCCCACAGACGAAAUGGACACUUCUGCUCCCGCCACAGAAGACUGCACAUCCUCCACAGCGGUGACGGGUUCUACUGUGGAGGGAAGGCCAGAGGUUCAACAAGCACAGGAUUCUACAGAAGAACCUUCUACAACUGCCUCUCCAUCUGCUCCGCCUGUGGACAACACUAAUCUGGCAGAUGCAGCAGUUACCUGUGGUCAGGGUGACUCUGGGCAGACUGGUACUGAGUCCUUAUCAGCCCAGUCUUGUUCACCUGCUGCACACAACUCACCUGCGCCCUCUUCUGCACCAGUGGAUAUGACGCCUCACAUCCCCAGUAUCCCAUGUAAGGCUACAACAGAUUCCGGUAACAUUGUUUCUUUGAAGAUCAUCAUUAGCGAUAAUCAAGAAAACAGUUCCACUGACACGGUCUUGAAUCAAGCCAUUUCCAGCAUUUCAGGGGACAAGAUCCCCACCAUCUACCUUUCCUCUCCAGCCAAAUCCCCCGGCCCCGUCUCUUGCCCCAACACCCCCAAGUCCAACAUGGACGAAGUGGCACAGGCAGUGAGUUGUUUACAGAACUCUGAGAUAUUUGCCAGUCCUCUCACAGGUAAGACUGGGGCAUUGAUAGCAUCUCCGCUAACGGGAACAUCACAGACUCAGCAGAGCUUCAUACUCCAGCUGCCCAUGAACUCAACCCCCACUCCCACACUUCAGGGAGUGGGAGCCGCCCCCAGCUAUAUCCUCGUGACUGACUCAGAUGUACAAACCAGGCAGGUUCUGCUGCCAGCUGGAGUCCCACAAGGACAGUCUUUACCCAUCAACCAGUUUGGAGGAACCACACAGAGUGGGUGUCCGAGCUUUUCCAACGCAUCAACGCUCAUCUUACCGUCACCUGUGAAGCCUGUAAUGCUUCCAGUGUCAGUCAUGGGUCAGAGUACUGUAGGAAAUGUCCAGAUGAUGCCCAAUCAGCUUGUUGCCAUACCAAACCCCGUGUCUUUACAGCAGACUGAAACUAUCACACCAUCCACAGUGGCACCAAAACAGUCUACAGCUUCUGCAGGCACUGAGGAAGCUUUGGCUGGAAAAGUCACUCCACCCACAUCGGCUGAAAGGACUUGUGAGCAGGACACAUCAAAAAGUUUGAAUCAUAGAAGAAUUCUGUGUUUCGAUCCUUCUGCAGAAGGUCAACCACAAACUGCUAACACGGCACCACCGCAAAACAAAACCGCCCCUGCCUCAGCUACUACUGCAUCGCCAUCACCGUCUGACCAGCAGCCACAGAAAGGUAAAAGUGUUCCAGGUUCUCGAACGAAGCCUGCAAUAUUAGCAGGCAACAAGCCCAAGAGGAGAAUAGAAAUCACCAGAUGCCCCGAAAAUCCCCAGCCUACAGGGGUGUUUGUGAAGGAGGUGGAGAAGCCCACGCCUUCACAGCCCCAGCAAAAAGACACCAUCAAAAAGAAGCCUCGCAAACAACAUCAUAGCAUCUACAACCAAGAGCCUCAAAGUACCACAAACAGUGACGCUGACUACCCAAAGUCAGAUGAUGCAAAAAAGUCAGAAAAAGAAAAAGGAUCCAAAACGAUCGACAGGAAACAUAGUCUUGGUAAUAAUGAAGGUAGACCAAAAACGUCUGAUCUUCACACCUCAGCCAAGACGACUUCUGACUCAGCUAAAAAAGGUACGAGAAAUGAUAAAGGAGAGAGCAGCAGGAGAGACGCUGUGGAGAAGACUCCUACCAAACCACGUGAAGGGCGCACAGAAAAGAAAAGUCAGGAAAUGCCCAACGUAACGGCAAACAAGGAGAAUGAAAUGAAGGUCGGUGCGCAAGAGCAGCAACAGCAGUCUACGCCUACAUCCCCGUCACCCAGAGACUUUAGCCCAUCAGCUACCUCGCAACUCACAUCUCCCCAAUCCAAGGGCUCAAAAGCCCAGUCAAAGACCAGCUCUUUGGCCAAACAGGCAGCUGAGAUGCUGCAGGACAUUCAAGGCCUCAACUCUCCGUCAACACCUGGGAAGAGGCCUGGAGCAGGCACUUUAGAGCCGAGUCUGACGCCCUGUACCGGCCAUAACCAGGGCCAGAUCACUGACUCUCCCAGGACUCCCUCCCUACAGAACAGUGCUAAAGACAAAGAAGGGACCCCCAAGCGUCUAAUGCCGCCAAACACCCCCGACGUCCCCACCUGCAGCCCUGCCAGUGAGGCUGGCAGUGAAAGCAGCAUCAACAUGGCUGCCCACACACUCAUGAUCCUGUCACGUGCUGCCAUCGCCAGGACGGGCACACCGCUCAAGGACAGUUUGCGCCAGGAAGAAGCAGCAGAGAAGUCGCCUAGUAGCUUGAAGAACUCCAAGAAACGGAAACAGUCGUCUGCCUCAGACAGCUCACCUGCAAAGAAGGAGCCAAAACGCUCGCCCAGCAGAAAGAAAGACCGGGAAAGGAAGAGGCUGGUCGAUUGCUUUCCCCAUGACUUGGAUGUGGAUAAGUUUCUGUCUUCUCUCCACUAUGAUGAGUGACACCAAACUUCAAACACAGAAGGACUUUGCUACAUCCAUAGGUCCAGGAAUAGAUUGAGCCAUCUGCUUGACCAGUGCCUAUGGUUCCUGUUUGCAACUUGCCUUAAACUGGAUAAGCUGCAAUGUGUUUGUCAUCCACUGGGGGGAGCUGUUGAGUUUCCUGCGAUUCUGCAUCAAACCCUGUUAAAGCAGCAGUUGCAGAUAAGCUUUGGCACUUUGUUUGACUCUUUAUCCUCAUGUUCUGUUAAAAUUACAUUUUAACAGCAACAAAAAUAUAUUGUUUUGUUUGUUUUUGGUAUUUUGACAGAAUGGGCUUUGGUCAAUAUUUGACUGCAGGUCACUAAAUCAAGUUAUCACUAAUUGAUAAGAUGAAUUACAAGGACAGGAAUUUGUGGACAUUUUCUCCAGUGUUAUGUUUGUUAAAGUUCUGUAAAGAAAUGUUGAUGUUCUUAAAGUCUGGUCAUGUGAAGAACUCGUGUGGAUUUACAUUCUUCCAGAACACUUUUAAACGCCUUUCUGUAGUAGACAUUUGGCUUGAACUAUUGAGUAUUUUGUGUGCAGUUUUCUGGUGAUAUUGGAACGACAGGACUUGAUAAUAAUGAUAGUCAUGGAAGGAGACAAAGACAAAUAGAAGUUCCUCAUGCAUCAAAAAAAAAAUUGGGAACAAAUUCGUUUUUUAAACAUGUAAAUGAAGUUUAACUGUGUAUUGCUGAGAUGGUAAUCGGUGAAAAAAAAUUUGGCAACAUCCUAUUGGACCGCCGGUCGGAAAUACGUAAUUCAGUGAAUUUCAUAAUAAAACGUUGAAAAGUUA